AUGGCGGCCCUGUGCCGAGCGGCUCUCCGGCGCUCCCUGCGGCGCCCCGCGCCCCGGGGGGCGCUGGCCGGGCACCGCGCGGGGCGGGGCUUCGCGGCGGGCCAGCCGAUCAAGUGCACGGCCGCCGUGGCGCGGGCGGCCAAGAAGAACUACUGGGAGGACGCCCUGGUGCUGGAGGAGGUCACCGUUGCGCCUCCCCAGGCGGGCGAGGUGCGGGUGAAGAUCACGCACGCCGCCCUCUGCCACACGGACGCCUUCACCCUCUGCGGCGACGACCCCGAGGGCAAGUUCCCGUCCAUCCUGGGGCACGAGGCCGCCGGCAUCGUGGAGAGCGUGGGCGAGGGCGUCACGGAGUUCGAGCCCGGGGACCACGUGGUGCCGUGCUACCAGGCGUACUGUGGGAAGUGCGAGUUCUGCUUGAGGCCGAGGAUCAACCUCUGCACCAGCGUGCGGGCUUUCACAGGCGCGGGCGUCAUGAAGGCCGACUCGAAGCCCAGAUUUACCGACAGCAAGGGGGACCCGAUCUACCACUUUAUGGGCACGAGCACCUUCGCAGAGUACACCGUGCUGCACCAGGAGUCCGUGGCCAAGAUCACGAAGGCGGCGCCGCUGGAAAAGGUGUGUCUCCUUGGGUGCGGCAUCUCCACCGGCUGGGGCGCGGUCUGGAACACUGCCGAGUUCGAAAAGGGCAGCACCGCGGCUGUGUUCGGCCUCGGUGCCGUUGGCCUGUCUGUGAUUGAGGGUUGUAAGAUUGCUGGCGCGUCCAGAAUCAUCGCAGUAGAUCUGCUGGACAAGAAGCUCGAGGUCGCCAAGAAGUGGGGCGCGACGGACUUCGUCAACCCCUCCAAGUUGGACAAGCCGGUGCAGCAGGCCAUCGUGGACAUGACAGGCUUUGGCGUGGAUUACUCCUUCGACUGCACCGGCAACGUCGAGGUGAUGCGCGCUGCGCUGGAGUGCUCCCACCGCGGCUGGGGCAAGAGCGUGGUGAUCGGGGUGGCCGCUGCGGGCAAGGAGAUCUCUACUCGGCCCUUCCAGUUGAUCACUGGGAGGCCAGGAGAUUGCUAAUGGGGGACCGAUUUUGAGUGAACUUGCCGUCGCCCCCGCCCCCUGCCCUCCUGACGGAUUCUCUCCGGGCUCAUCCAGCUCAGACGCCCCAGCCACCUCCAAAGCGGGGUUCACGGCAAAGCGGUCCAAGCUGUUUGGAGGCAGCGUCACACGUCGGAGUCAAGCGGAGUCUGGUCGAGGAGCCAAUGGAGACCCCUCGCUCCGCAAGCGGAGACGGAGGCUGUGAGACUCUACGGCAGCAAAGCGCGCAAGCAAGAGUGAAUUGGCGAAUCGGGCCAACAUUACAAUGAAUAUACCAUGCAACAUGCGUUCCAACUCAUCUAAAUGAGAGCGGAAUGCUCUAGCCGCUGCUAGGGGGAACGUUCCUGGUUGCUGACAGCAUUGGUCAAAUUCGUGGCGUGCUCCAGUCCGACAAAGAACGAAUCGAGGGCAUCUGUUCAUCUCCGACGCGCCCGGCCUCGGCGUCGAAGUCCGGGCGGGCGCCAGUGCAAAAUUUGCGCUGGUCAUCUUUGCGGGUCGCCUGUGAUAAUACGUUCCACAAGACGCCACAUUGAGCGGUCCAUCGCAACGCGAUGCGCACCUUUUUGCCUUCAGCGUCGCCCCGUUUCCUCCCAAUGUUUGCCGGGAAGCUGGUUGAAACCAACUUAAUGUGUGGUAGAGCAUCUUCAAUCGCGUCGAUGUAAGUCGUGACCGAUGAUGGAGUCCGUUGCAGGCGGCC